UAUUAUAUAUUAAGAAACGGAGACUGUAAUUUUUUUUGGUAAAUAUUUUAAAGAAAAUAUAAAUGUUAUCUAGAAAAAUUCAGACAGUUUGCUUUUCUGUAGAUAAAAUGAAGGAUACAAGAUGUAUGACAUCACUUUCCAGAUGUAGAUAAACCAUGGCAUUCUUUCACAGAAGGCAGAUAAUUGGCUCACAGGUCAUUAUAUUCAAAAUCAAAGAGAGGCGAAACCACGUUGAGAUAGAUGAAUUACGAGGAAGAGAAAGAGUUAAGGUCAAGAAAAAAUCAUCAGAAAAAGGAGUGUGUUGUGUACGAUGACAAUAUUGGUGUAGAAAACAAAUGGCACCUGCAUACCAAACCUGAAGGGAAAUUCACUAGCAUAGAAAGUGCGAAGUGUCUGAAGAAUGUUGUGGAAAGUUCCCAUAGCAUAGGAUCGUGCAGCAUAGAUGGCUAUGAAUCAAAAGGAAUUGAGAGAGCAUUACGGAAACCAAAUGACAAAGACCAAACAAAAUGUGAGGACCAAAUAUUUAAACAUACACCAAAGAUAGGAAAGAGUGCAAGAGAGUGUCGGUAUCAUAAUGAUGGAUACCGAUGUGCUUGUCUUCACAAGCAUGUGGAGAGAAUCGAAAGGAUUGUUCAUAAAAUUGAACGAGAUGUAAAAAAUGUGCCCAUCGUAUUGCGUAAUAAAAAUAAAACGGUGUUAAGAAAUAAGGGAAAGCAAACAUACAAUAUUUCCUUAUCAAAAUCAAGAUUGUUAGCUACAAGAGAGCAAACACCGAAAGCUGUUGAGAAACAUUUCAGUCAAUGUGCUGAAAAAUACUACUUAAAAACAAAAUAUACCUUAAGGGUUAGGCAUUCCCUCUUGUUAAGAGAAGAUAAAGAUACAGCUUAUCAAAUAUAUAGAAAAUACCUCAGAAUGCUUCCAAUGGCUCUUAGUUACUCACACAUUAUACAAAAUAUCAAAGAAAAAGUAAUGCAAUUGGAUCAAAAACCUAAUUCAAAAAAUCGUUCGGAAAAAGGAUAUCCCAAAUCAUAUAGAAGUGGUAAACAUUCACGAUUGCCCAAAAGUCUAAGAUUUUUACUUUCUGGAAUACAUCAAAUAGCAAAUCAAUCCAUUUAUCUCUACCCAAUAUUCGGUAAUCCAAGAAGCCUUGACGAAUUCGUGGAAAGAGAGAUUACUCAAAGCAAAGAAAACAAUGAACAAAAUUCUCAAUCGCAUUCAAUGAAUUUGGAGUUAAUCAGACUCCGAUCAUUUCACAACUUUCCUUCUUCAAACUCAGUUUCAACACUGAAACUUGCUCGUCAAGGAUUUUAUUAUUCCGGUGAAAGUGAUAAAGUUAUUUGUUUUGCUUGUGGGUUUCAAAAGAGCAACUGGCGAAAGGGGGAUGAUGUACAUGCUAUUCACCGCACCGCCUCUCCUGCCUGCCCACUUCUGAACUCGUGCUCUACAAGUAAUGUGCAAAUCAAUGGGAAUCAAGUAAAUGGCUUUGAUGACCAAUGUAUAAGUCGAGAAACAAAUUCCCAAGGAGCUGGACAUGAAAAUUUGCACACUAAUAAACCUGCACCCAACACUCUGAAAAACAAUGGGGUGGUGCAACAUACAGAGAGGAACAGAAACGACUUGCAAAAUGGAUCCAUACAAAACCAUUCUACAAGCAUAACGCAAAGAGAUCAGCUCACAAGAGCAAGGGCUCAACAAGAAAAGAUUAAUGCAUUUAUCCGAGAAUUAGAUCCACUUGGUAUAAACUUUGAUCGUCCAAAGUACCCCUCGUAUGCUGUGUUAGCUGUCAGAAUCAGUUCAUUCGCAGAUUGGCCUUCCAGUAUCAAUCAGACUCCCAGAGACUUAGCCAUGGCAGGGUUUCUGUAUGCAGGAUACGGGGAUUACACUCGAUGUUUCUUCUGUGGAGGGGGAUUACGGAAUUGGGAACCUGGGGAUGAUCCUUGGGUAGAACAUGCUAGAUGGUUUCCGAAGUGUGCUUUUCUGAGACAGAACAAAGGGGACGAGUUUGUUGCCUUGGUGCAGAUUGAACAUCAAGAGACAACAGAACAAUCGAAUGGUUGCAUUGACGACCAUGCGAAAGGAUUUGAGAAAACAAAGUCACAAACUCUGAAUGCGAAAACAAAUUCAGCAUUUUUAAGUUUACUGGAAAUGGGAUAUUCAAAUGAAAAAAUCCAGGAGGCAUUUGAUCUUUUGAAAGAAACAAAAGAGGCAAUACAUAUCAAAGCUGAAGAAUUACUAGAAAUACUUUUGGAUCAAGAGGACAGAAACUUAGGGGACAGGUUACCCUCCUCUGCUUCAGCCUCGUCAGAACUGACACAACAUAACACUGAAAAGACAAUCAAGGAACGAUCUGAAGGAAAUAUCAAAAAUGAAAAUGAUCUUGAGACACGUAUUCCAGAAAACAAAUGGGAUGUCAGUCAAUCAUUUUCUUCGAUGACACUAGAAGAUACAAGGUCACUCAUUGAAGAAAACAGAAAACUAAAGGAUCUCCGGCUUUGUAAAAUCUGUCUUGAGAACGAGGCUUCUAUCGCCAUGUUACCUUGUGGUCAUCUCUGCUGUUGUCCAGACUGUGCUCCAGCCAUGAGGAAAUGUCCGAUCUGUCGUCAGUUUGUCAAAGGAACCGUUAAAACAUGGCUAGUUUAAUAAUUUUCCGGGUCAUUUUUGUCUUAAAAAUACACUGUAGCACCUGAUUCACUAGAAUCUUUUCGACAGUUUGAUUUAAAUAUCUGCUAAAUUAUUUAAUAACUUUUGAGAUCUUAUCUUCUUACUUAUUCCUUUUUACAAACAGGAUCCGACCUAUUUCGGAUACUCAUGUAGAUUCUUGAAGUAAAGAAAUACUCGGAUAUUACACGGAUUAACUUUUUUUUGCAUGUAAAAUUGAUUAGAUAGAAGUGUUACCUUUUAUGUAAUUUUUCCCCUGACUAUCAUAGGAACAUAUAUGUAUUGUAAGUAAACGAUUAAUAUAAGCACCUUCACAAUGCAAUAUUUUUUCUACUGUUCUAACCAAGGCUAUCAAAUUUGAUUUUGAAACCAUCGAUGAAUAAAUACGUAUCCGUCUUAAUGAAUUAAUUGAAUAGAUUUUUACAAUGACAUAAAUUUUAAAAGAUUUGCUGUUCACACUAGUUUUAUUUAAAUCCUUUUAUUACAAAUAUAUAUUAAACUUCAGCAUUAAAUCAUAUCACUAAGUCCACAUUGGACUUAAUAAAAGCAAUUUUUAGAUAAAUGCAUGUUUAUAUUUUUUUCAAAUAUGAAAGUUCUAAAACUACAUUUGAAAUAAGAUAAUGAAAAUCAAACCUAUAAAAAUUGUUAGCAUAUAUUUUGGUAUUCUGUAUACAUUUUAAUUAAGUCGAGAUGAUGACUAAAAGACUAUGCGAUACCCUUUCCAACGAACCAACCAAAAAAUUAAGAUAUAAAAUUGUAUAAAAGAGUUCAGAAGCUUACAACACCAACGCAUAUUAGUGCAAAUAUCUUAAAUGAACCGGUUAAAGUACAAAGGAUGCAUGUAAGAGCAUGUGCUUGAUUUCUGCUUUGUCAAAUGCCAUGACUUUUAAAAUUUAAUUUUACGGUAUCCAGAUGUGAAGAUAUAAAUAGGGACAAGUGUUUAUAUUCAGUGCAGAUACACGGGCUCAGAUAUCAGAAAUGCAUCAAGUAUUUUAUACAGCACAUAUGGUGGGCAUAAUCACUAAUAGUUGGAUAAAAUUUUACUGAAAUUGAGAAAUAUGAUAUAACAUAUACAAAUUGUAAAGUAUUCAUGUAUUAUGAGCAAGUCAUUUGUCCUUUAUUAGAGGUUUAAGUAGGUCAUAUAUGAUAUGCCUCAUACAGAUUUCUACAAGUUGGAAAU